AAGCAGAUGUUUGUGUCAGAUGCUUGGUUGGGGUCUGCAUACUCCAAAAGACCUGAAGCAGAGAAGAUUGCGACCAUUGUUUUUGAUGAUGGGUUCAAUAAAAAUGGAGAGGAGUUGACUGCGGUGACAGAACCUUUGGUGAGGGUUCUUCGUAUGGUGGAUGGAGAGGGCAUGCCAAUGGGUUUCAUUUAUGAGGCCAUGGAUAGGGCCAAAGAGGCCAUUUCACAUUACUAUCGUGGAAAUGCAAGAAAAUGUGAAAUCUUUUGGCGCAUCAUUGAUCGUAGGUGGACAAACCAACUCCACCAACCGAUACAUGCCUUCGCCUACUUUUUGAACCCGAAAUUCUACUUCUCUGAUUCAUUUAGGGCUGAUGAGGAGGUCAUGGCAGGUGUUAUUACAUGCAUUGAUAAGAUGACACCUGAUCCUGAGUUGAGAGACAAGGUUCUUGAUGAGUUGGAGAUCUACAAAAGUGCAGAGGGGAGACUCUUCUCAUCACAACUAGCAAUUGAUAGGAGAGGAAAACAACAACCAGAUUUAUGGUGGGAGAAUUAUGGUGCCGGCACGCCUAAUCUUCAAAAGAUAGCUAUCCGUGUUUUGUCUCAGCCAUGCAGUGCUUCUGGGUGUGAACGAAAUUGGAGUGUCUUUGAAAGCAUUCACACAAAGAAGAGAAAUAGAUUGUCACAAAAGCGGCUCAAUGAUCUAGUAUUUGUUCGGUACAACCUUCGCCUUCGAGUUAGACAGGUGGAGGGUGUUUCACAUGAGGCCAUUGACUUGGAUGAAAUUGAUCCAUAUGGUGAUUGGACCAUGAAUGAACAAAAUGAUGGUGAUGAUGUCCUCCUUACCGAAGAAGAAAUUGCAGAAAUAGAGAGAGGAGCAGCACAAGAUGCAGAAGGAGCAAGAUUGGAUGAAGAUGAGGACGAAGAUGAGGAUGAUGAUGAGGACUAUGACUUUGAAGAAGACUCAUCUCACCAUUUAGAUACCACAACACCCACUGCUACUACUUCUAGCUCAAGGCCUGAAAAAUUGAGCUAUAUUAGGAAAAAUACAAAGAGGAAGAUGUAGUCUUCUCUUUGGUUUGUUCAUUCACAUUGCUGUUUUUCACAUUUGCAGUUGGACUUGGACAUAUCAUUAUAUGUAAUUUUGUGAACAUUUAUAUACUUAUGCUGCCAUUAUAGUAUUAUACAUUUUAGAGUUGAAACUUGAAACUU